UGGUUCACCUUCAUAUGCACGUCAGUGGCCCUCAAAGUGGGCUAAAAUUGUGACCGAAAGGCUACAGAGUUGACACUGCCAUUUCAACAGCCACUGCUUUCUAUAUUCUUCAUUCUGCAUGCCUAUUAAAGUGGCUUUGAAAGGCUUUUGUGUUGUAGGCUUUCUUCCUAUUUUUUUCUCUCCUUUGUUAAGCAGUUUUUUCUUCAUGAUAUAGUCUCUGACUGUGGUAUUACACCUUGUGGUUCAUCAUCUUCUUCUUCUUUCUGGUAAAUCUUCCCUUGUCCACACAGCUUACAAGAGAAGUUAGGCUUUUCUUGUCAGUUAGCAAUUGAUCUUAUUGACAGAGGAAAAAUAAAGAGACGUUUUGACCAACAACAACCAUAAACAAGGAAGGAUUUUGUUUCGUAACACAUUAAAGUUCAAAGACCUCAACAUUAUUCUAUUUCAUCUGGCCUUGUAGUGGGGAAGCCACCUGCAUAUUAUUUCUGUUUAUGGUUUUGUGACUGUAUGGUCCGGAAAUUUGCAUAAUUUGGUUUAGCUGCAGCCUGCCAAGAUGAGGAAAUCUCCAGUAUACCCUAAAUGUGAGGCAAGUGAUUAUGGUGCUACUGAAUUUGAUCCACAAAUGGACUUUCUCCGGUUCUUGGAUGAAGCCAGACAGCACAUAUGCGAACCAAAUGUAAGAGCUUCUGCACCAAAUUCUGCAGAAGUGGUGGGAAAGAAAAACCCGGGUGAAGAGAAAAGGAGCAAGAAGUCAUGGAAGAGCUCCCUGUUUUCAUGGUUGAGAACAGAGAAGAAGAGCAAGCCCCAAGCAGAACCUGCAAGUCAUCGUCAUAACCAUAAACCAAGAAAAAUUGUUUCCGGUCCCAUCUUUGGGGCAAGUAAGGAAUCUGAUGCUUGGCUCCGGCGUCUGAACUCAGGGUCGUUCUCCACUCUUUUCAAUUCCACAAAAAGAGCAGAGAACGAAAUGCCAUACAUGUCUCUAGAAGGGUUGGACAAACCUCAGGCCGUUAAGAACUACGGACCUGUUUACUUGGUAACUUAACCCUAGGGACAUUGGAACAGUAGGUCCUCAGUUUCUGCAACAAAGAGGACGUUGACUUGGCUGGAGUAUGAAGAUUGUUCAGAGGCGAAUGUCCUGAGUGUUUAGCACUCAUAUAGGAGCCAUCGAUUGCAUAGCGUUAAUUUCAUGAAAAGAGCUAAAAAAUAGCAAUUGAUUGUGUUUACUGGCAACCCUUACCAUUUCUUCUGUUGUUUCCUGAGUCAACAACAAUUUCCCGUAAGUCACGCUUGCUUCAGAUUAACGUCAAUAGCUUCAAGGCUACAUUAAGGGCGGGUUUUUGUAAUAAUGAUGUAUAUCAGGAGCUCCAUUCUGUAAUGAACUUUGACAAACUCUUAGAAGCCGAAAUUAUAACUUCGAUCUCACCGUAUUAUACA